AUGGCCCCUCAGGUGCUUGUCAACUGCGACAUGGGCGAGGCGUACGGCAAAUGGCAAAUGGGCCCCGACGCAGACUUGAUGCCAUUGACCGACCAAGCCAACGUCGCAUGCGGCUUCCACGCCGGCGACCCCACGACGAUGAUGCAGACGAUAGCCCUGGCCAAACAGCACGGCAAAGUGGUAGGCGCACAUCCCGGCCUGCCGGAUAAGGAAGGAUUCGGCCGGCGAUUGAUGGACAUUCCCCCCCACGACCUGUACUGUCAGAUGCUGUACCAGGUGGGCGCGCUCAAGGCGAUGCUGGACGCCGAGGGCAUGGCGCUGAACCAUAUCAAGCCUCACGGCAAGCUGUACCGCAUGAUCAAGGACGACGAGAAGGUCGGCGAGGCGUGUUUCGAGGCCAUCAAGACCUUCGGCGUGCCUUUCAUCGGCUUGCCUGGCACGGCGCACGAGACGCUGUGUAAGAAACAUGGCGUCGACUUCAUUCCUGAAUUCUUCCCGGAUUUGUGGUACGAUGACUUUGGUCAGACGGUUCCGAUUCUGUGA